GGUAGCCGAUUUAGCUGUGAUCCCUAUCAUAAUGAGUAGAGUUUUCGAAAUCGUCAAAUCUCCAGACAGAAGUGCCCUGGUUAAUAUCCUACUUAUUGGCAAAGGUGUGGUACUAAGAAGCAUGCCAGGGAUACUAGCAGAUAUGACAUCUCGCGAAAUUGAUAAAAUGAAAGAUAUUAUUGGAAAAAAUAUGCUUUUCUGUGAAGAUGAUGACGUCAAAGAUUUGUUGAAAGAUAUUCAUUUAUUCUUCGAACAUCAACCUUUUGAAUACACAGUGUGGCGAUUAUUUUCUGUUAAUACUUCCAUGAAUGUAGUUGCAUUCAAAAUGGUUGUUAGUUACACUCUCGCUAUGAUUCAGUUUGCACACUUUUUUGGUUAAAAAUAAUAUGUUUAUGAUAAGUAAAAUAAG